AUGGCGCGAAACUGCGCCAUGUGCGCGUGGUGCGUGGUGUGCGUGAGUGUUUGCGCCCAGCCGAUUCAACCGCACUUGAGAAGAGUUUCGCGUCCGCCCCGAUCCAGAACCUUCCCCAAGCACCCACCAGGCGCCGCCCAACGUCCAUUUAUUCACAGGCGCACUCAGGCCAGCAGAAAGAACAGGCCCAUACAGUGCCGUGACCGACUCGAGACGCAAGAGAAGGAUCGAGACGAGGCGGCGGCUUCCCGGGGGCAGGAUCGUCGCGGCCACGAAAGACGAUGUCUUACUCAAGAGGAUCAAGUUUUUUUUUCAAGUGAAAGGUAUGGAUCUCGCUCACCUUACUCGAGAAGCAGCUAUUCAAGGAGUGUGGACUCAAGUGAUGCUGAAAACGCUGGGAACAACCUGUAUGUAACUGGUUUGUCAACUCGUGUAACGGAUCGAGAUCUGGAGAACCACUUUUCCACCGAGGGAGAGGUGAUUGAUGCAAGCAUUGUGCAUGAUCCUUGGACAAGGGAAUCACGGGGGUUUGGUUUUGUUACCAUGGCUACUGUUAAGGAGGCAGAUCGCUGCAUCAAAUAUCUGGACCGUUCUGUGUUGGAAGGUCGGGUCAUAACUGUUGAGAAGGCAAAGAGAAGACGGGGUAGAACCCCAACACCUGGGAGGUAUCUUGGCACAAAAUCAUCACGUGGAUGGAGGUACUCCCCAAGCUACUCACCUGUUAGAAGGGACCGUUACAGUUCCCGCUACUCGCCUGAUUGGAGGGACCGUUACAGUUCCCUCUACUCACCUGAUCGUGACCUGUCUUAUUCUCCUUAUGGUAGAGGCCGGUCAUACUCUCCAUAUGACAGAAGGCGAUCAUACUCUCCUAACGGCAGGCAUGGAUCAUAUUCCCCCUACGAUCGGCGGCGAUCACACUCACCUUACUACAGAGGCCGGUAUCGUUUAAGGUCUUCAUACUGCUACAGAAGACGGAGGUCACCUUCUGUUUCGCAAUACUACAGCCGGCGCCGGUAUAGAUCUGUCUCCAGGUCACCCAGUGUUUCUCCAAGGACCAGAGGGCGGAGCUAUUCCCACAGUUUAUCACCACAGAGCUACUCUCGCAGCCAUUCCCCAGAAUCGGAGAGAUCAACGAGCUACUCUCCUAAGAAAGGGAGUAGAAGGGAACCCUCACGUAGCAGAUAUUCUGGCAAGAGGCGCCAUUCAAGGGAAAGCUACUCUCAUAGCCGCAGUUCGUACUCCAGGUCUGUGUCUAGGGAGCGCUCAGCUUGA